AUGCAUGGGAAAAAAGAUCAAGAGCAUGUAAGGAAAGGUCCAUGGAAAACAGAAGAAGAUGAAGUGUUACUUCAUCAUGUGAAGAAGUAUGGUCCAAGAGAUUGGAGCUCCAUUCGAUCCAAAGGUCUUCUUCAAAGAACUGGCAAGUCUUGUCGUCUUCGUUGGGUCAAUAAACUUCGACCUAACCUCAAAAAUGGGUGCAAGUUUACAAUAGAGGAAGAGAGGAUUGUGAUAGAGUUGCAGGAACAAUUUGGAAACAAAUGGGCUAAGAUUGCAUCCUAUUUACCAGGAAGAACAGACAAUGAUGUAAAAAAUUUCUGGAGCAGUAGACAAAAAAGGUUGGCUAGGCUUCUCAAAACAUCAUCAUCAACAACCUCAAAGUCACACAAAAACAAAGCCAAAGUUUCUUCCCAUGUUCCAUCUUACGAGGUUCCUUAUAAGUUCAGUUCUUCAUCAGAGGGAGAAACAUCAUCAAAGCCUCAAUCAUAUUCAUUACCAUGCAUUGAGAAUUCUGAUCAAGUUAUUAAAAUGGUUCCAUUAUUGGAUCUUAAAAAAUCCGAGCAACCUUGUUUCGACGAGAAUUACGUUGAACAAGAGUUAACCCCUUUUGAUCAGAGCUAUAAAAGCACUGAAUACAUUGGAUUUCCUCAGAUUCCAGAACUCGAUACUGAUUUUACUUUUCCAAUGGAAAGAGUUGAUGAACACAAUUUAUUUGAUGUGUUUGGUCCCUUGGAAACAUCUGAGUUUGGAAUGGUUCCUUUUUUUGAGCCAUCAGAGAGUUGCAAAAUUGAUAGGUUCUUUGAUGAUUUUCCAGAGGACAUGUUUGAUAACAUUGAGCCACCUUCAAAUUUCUCUAAGCUCUGAAUUAUGAUAGUUUGUUUGUUGUAGUUGUGUUUACAUUUUGCAAUUAGGGGCAGAAAAGUAUUUGUAACACAUAGGAUCUGGUUAGUCAUUGUAAUUUGGGAUUAUUGAUGAUACUAAUAUCAUUUGUAGGGCAGUUGCAAAUGCAAAUGUCCAUAGUGCUACUUAUUUUUGUUGGCCAAACUUGUCUAAGUGUGAAGCUUUUGCAUUAUUUAAGCAAGCACACACCUUU